AUGUGCGCCGAGCUGCAGAAGGAGCGAGGCCCCCGCCCCGGGAGCGCAGGUGGGAAGGCGGGGUGGCCCGGCCAGCCCCGCUCUCCGCGGCCAGGGGUCCGCAGGGGCUGGCUUCAGUGGACUUCCUGCAAGACUUCGACUUGAAUGAAACAAGGCAGGAUUUCCAGACUCGUCCCGUGUCUUUCCGCCCGCCUUCCUCUGGCUGCCCAGGGGGGUAAAGUUUAGGGGAGAAGGCUCGGUCUGGGCUGAAAGGGAGGAGCCUGGCCCCGGCCCAGGGCCGAGGGGUAGCAGUCCCUGCCCGCGGCGCCCAACUGCGGGCGCAGGCUCUCUGCGCUCCCACCUUGGGGAGCAUCUGGGAUGGAGAGAGAGAGUGGGCACCCGCGCGAAGCCGGCUCCGGAAGGACGGGAGAGUCUCCGAAGGCAUCCCUCAGUGGAGUCUGAGGCGAAUAAGAUAAAUGUGUCGAAUGGGGAGAAGUCGGAGAUUGGAAAUUGGUCGCAGUGUUCCAACUUGAUUUCCCGCGGGUACGGAUUGCUGAGAAGGAUUAAGGACACACUGAAUAGUAAUGUGAAACUUUCAUUGAUGUGUUACAAGUACAAGAACAUGAAAAAUCAGAGUGGCAACAAAAAUCAACAAUUCAGGCCAUCACAAUAUGUGUUGUCGUCACAUAUCAGAGCACUGGUCUGAAUGCUGGCUGCUCUACUCAUGAUUCAGCUCCCAGCAGAAUGCACCAGAAAAGGUUUUGAUUUUUCAGCUACCUAAUGUUUAAAAAUCAAAACAAAAAAAUGGAUUUUUUAAACUCCUCUGAUCAAAACUUGACCUCCGAGGAACUGUUAAACAGAAUGCCAUCCAAAAUUCUGGUGUCACUCACCCUCUCCGGGCUGGCACUGAUGACAACAACCAUCAACUCCCUUGUGAUUGCUGCAAUCAUUGUAACGCGGAAGCUGCACCACCCAGCCAACUAUCUAAUUUGCUCCCUUGCAGUCACAGAUUUUCUUGUAGCUGUCCUGGUGAUGCCCUUCAGCAUUGUAUACAUUGUGAGAGAGAGCUGGAUCAUGGGGCAGGUUGUGUGUGACAUUUGGCUGAGUGUUGACAUUAUCUGUUGCACAUGCUCCAUCUUGCAUCUCUCAGCUAUAGCUUUGGAUCGAUAUCGGGCAAUCACGGAUGCAGUUGAGUAUGCCAGGAAGAGGACUCCCAAGCAUGCUGGCAUCAUGAUCACUGUAGUCUGGAUUAUAUCUGUCUUUAUCUCCAUGCCUCCCCUGUUCUGGAGGCACCAAGGAACUAGCCGAGAGGAUGAGUGCAUCAUCAAGCAUGACCACAUCGUAUCCACUAUUUACUCGACAUUUGGCGCUUUCUACAUCCCACUUGUACUGAUUUUGAUUCUCUACUACAAAAUAUAUAGAGCAGCAAAGACAUUGUAUCACAAGAGACAAGCAAGUAGGAUUGCAAAGGAGGAGCUGAAUGGCCAAGUACUUUUGGAGAGCAGUGAGAAAAGCACUAGACUGGUCUCCACACCUUACCUGCUGGAAAAGUCUUUAUCUGAUCCAUCAACAGACCUUGACAAAAUUCACAACACAGUGAAGAUUUCCAGGUCUGAAUUAAAGCAUGAGAAAUCUUGGAGAAGGCAAAAGAUCUCGGGCACAAGAGAACGCAAAGCAGCCACUACACUGGGAUUAAUCCUGGGUGCAUUUGUAAUAUGCUGGCUUCCCUUUUUUGUAAAAGAAUUAGUUGUUAAUGUCUGUGAGAAAUGUAAAAUUUCUGAAGAAAUGUCAAAUUUUUUGGCAUGGCUUGGAUAUCUCAAUUCUCUUAUCAAUCCACUGAUUUACACAAUCUUUAAUGAAGACUUCAAGAAAGCAUUCCAAAAACUUGUACGAUGUCGAUGUUAAAAAAAAAGAUAAUUAGGAGACAGAACUUUUGAAUGGGAAAAUAGCUAAGUGAAAUGCCUAGAAAAAGUAUUUAAAGUUUUAGAGGAAAACACAUUAGAACUUCCAAAAUGACAAGAAUUUAAUUUAUAUUCUAAUAGUCUGAGGAAUAUAAUUCUUUGAUUCAAUUAUCAUUCUAGGAUACUCAAAAAUAUUUAUGCAGUUUAUGCAAAACAUUUUGCCUAUGCAAUG